ACCGGGACUCACCGCCCCGCCGUCCCGUGCAGUCCAUUGGGUGUCUCAACCUCGCGCCCCGCCCCACCGGGCAGCCCAUUGGGCGAAGGGCCCGCGACCUUUCGUUUGCCCGCGGUUCCUCUCCGCGGGGCCAUAGAGCCACCAUUGGCCACCUCUCCCGCCACUCCGGUUCUCGGCGCGUGUUGUUUAUUUUGGAGCCUCGGAUUGGCUGGGCGCUGGCGGUGACGGCCGCGGCGCGCGGGGCGCGCCCGAGCUGCGAUAGGACGCGCGGGAGAAAGUCUCCUGGUGACGCAGCCCGGCGAAGGUCGGGCGCAGGAGCAAGGGCGAAGCAAGACGUGCUCCCCGGCCGCCUGGGGGCGCCGCCUCGCCCCCGUCCGAUUGGUCACGGGCCCGCAUGGGCGUAGCUCCGCCGGGGGGCGGUGGGCCCGAUUGGGUUCCGCGGCCGCGGAGGGCGGGGCGCCGCCCGGCCGGGUUCGGCGGCGGAGGCCCCUAUUGGCCGCGGCAGGGGCACCUGGUGACGUGGCCGUCGGUGCCCGUGCCGGGUGCCGGCAGCGGGGCGAUGCGCGCGCGGGCGGCGGCGGGCGCACAUGGCCAGGAUCGGCGUUUCCUGCCCGUCGUGGCGCUCGGCGGGACCGUGCCCGUGCCCGUGCCCGCGGCAGCGCCCGGCGGCGCUGGGGCUUGGCCUCGCCGUGGGACUGCUGCUGCUGCUGGCGGCUGCCGCUCCCCGCCGCUGGGCCGCGCCGCACCGCGCCGCCCGGCGCGACGAGAGGUACCUGGCGCGGGUGGAGGAUCUGUCGGCCACUGACACGGAGGACUCGGCCCUCAGUUACGGAGUAGUCAUCGACUGCGGGAGCAGCGGGUCCCGGGUCUUCGUCUACUUCUGGCCCCCGCACAACGGGAACCCCCACGACCUGCUGGAUAUCAAGCAGAUGAGGGACCGGAGCAGCCGCCCUGUCGUCAAGAAAAUUAAACCAGGCAUCUCCGUGGCGGCAGCAGCCCCGCAGCGAGCCACGCCGUACCUGCGCCCUCUGCUUCAGUUCGCAGCGGCCCACGUCCCGGCUCAGAAGCAUAAGGAAACUCCGCUGUACAUCCUGUGCACGGCAGGUAUGCGGCUGCUGCCCGAGAGGCAGCAAGCUGCAAUCCUGGAGGACCUGGUGAGAAACGUGCCCCUGGAGUUUGAUUUCCUCUUCUCCAAAUCACAUGCAGAAGUGAUUUCAGGGAAACAGGAAGGGGUCUAUGCUUGGAUUGGCAUCAACUUUGUCCUGGGUCGGUUUGAUCAUGAGGAUGAAGAGGAUGCGGUGGUCGCUGUAGCACUGGGGAACCAGGGAGGGUCCCUGGUUCGUAAACGAACAGUUGGGAUCCUGGACAUGGGGGGCGCCUCCCUGCAGAUCGCCUAUGAAGUGCCCGACUCUGGAGCUUUCUCCUCCCCGCAGCAGGAGGAAGCUGCCAAGAGCCUGCUGGCGGAAUUCAACCUGGGCUGUGACGUGCAGCAUGCUGGCCACGUGUACCGUGUCUAUGUCAACACCUUCCUGGGCUUCGGGGGCAAUUUUGCCCGGCAGCGCUACGAAGAGCUUGUGCUGAACCAGACCCAUGUGUACAACCGCCUGCACAGCCAGCAGACAGGGUUGAGCCCUGAGAUGCCCUUCCUGGACCCCUGCUUGCCUGUGGGGCUGGAGGACACAGUGGCCAGGGGUGGCCAAACCUUGUAUGUGCGGGGACGAGGGGACUGGCCAGCCUGCGCAGAGCUGCUGCAGCCCCUCCUGGAUGGGUCCAACAGCAGCCAGGCCUCUCUGCUGGGGGCCUACAAAGCCCCCAUCGACUUUGACAACAGUGAAUUUUACGGCUUCUCUGAAUUUUUCUACUGCACUGAGGACGUGCUGCGGCUGGGGGGGCAAUACAGUGCCCCCACAUUCACCUCUGCUGCCCAGGAGUACUGCAGCCAGCGAUGGGAGGUGCUGACCCAGCGGUUCCGUGGUGGCCUCUACUCGUCACAUGCCGACCAGCACCGGCUGAAGUAUCAGUGCUUCAAAUCAGCCUGGAUGUACCAAGUCCUUCACCAGGGCUUCCGCUUCCCCCUGGACUACCCCAGCUUGCGCACGGCCCAGCUGGUGUAUGACCGAGAGGUGCAGUGGACACUGGGCGCCAUCCUCUACAAGACACGGUUUCUGCCACUCAGGGAUCUCCGGCCAGAGAGCAUCCGGCAAGCACACACCUCCUGGCUGCGCCUCUCUUUUGUCUACAACCACUAUCUCUUCUUUGCCUGCAUCCUGGUCGUAGUGCUGGCCAUUGUCCUCUACCUCCUGCGGCUGCGCCGCAUCCACCGCCGGCAGCUGCGCGCAGCCCAGCUCAGCCUGCCCUGGCUGGACAAGGUGGUGGUGCCGCCAGGCCAGGGAAAUGGGCCAUGACGCCGGUGGUACCCACUGUCCAGUUGCACCAGCAGAACCGGACUGGCUGACAGCCUGGGCUCCGAGGGCUUGGACUCUUUCUUGAAGAUCAUCUCAACUCUGUACUCCAUCAUCUCCACAUCAGAACCAGAACCGCUGGGCCGAGGCACCUACAGCCACCAGAGCUUUCCUCUCUGCCUCACCCCAGUCCUAAUCUUUGCAUUCCUUGGCCUUCGGCCUCCAUCUCGCUACACAGUGCGGAGCAAAGUCCUCUACUGCCAGUGGGCUCAAGGCUGCAGCACUGGAAAGUCCCUCAGAUAAACGGGACACUAUCACCUAGGCAGCCAACCCAGGGCUGUGGCCUGAAGCACUGAGCCACCCCAUGACUCAGACACUGGUUUGCAGAGCAAGCUGGUGAGGUGCUGCGGCUCAUCAUCCAGGGUGGCCUUUCUGCAGUCCCAUAUGAGCCCACAGGCUAGAGAACAGCAGUCGCUGGCAAAGUUACUGCAGGAGCCAGGUGAGCCGUGAGCUGCUUUCCCAGCCUGGCCCCUCAGAAUGUUCCUUCAGAGGUGUCCUGCUCUUUGCCAUGUCUUCUCCCAGGAUAAUCCUCCUGUGGUCCUUGCCAGUGCCCCAGGCUCAGCACUGAGGGCUCAGGGACUCAUUCCUAAGGCACCACCAAAGUGGGCUGCAUUUCCUUUUGUACAUUCCCUUCUGGGCGCAUCUGCCCUGUGGCGUCCCACGCGUUAAUUGGGGACUAGCACCAGGACCAGUGGUUCUCUGUGAACGCAGGCUGGGCCUGGCUUUGGAGAAACCACCUCACUCCAGCCGAGCACCCUGCCGCAGGGCUGCUCAGGGCUGCGGCUGCACACCCAGGCACAAGCCUCCUCCCCAGGGCCGGAGCCCCUGAUGACCUAAUGAAGUUUUGUCACCUUUUACUUGAACUCAGCUGUUCUCAUUCCUGCAGCAAUAAACAAACCCCUUGAGCCAUCCAA